AUGUCUUUGGAAUACUUAUCGGUUGAUAUGAAAUGUGCUACGGAACUUUACAAAGAUUUUGCAGCUUGGAAGAAGGGUUGCAGCCCGAUGGCGAAGGGCCGUUGGACGGGGGUGGUAUCUGAUGCUCAGAUUGAGUAUGCUGCAUUGGACGCCUGGUUGCCUUGUAUGCUCGCCCAGGUAACGGCCAAGGCCGCCCAGGAAUGCGCAGAUUACUUCAGCGAUAGUGACAUGUAUAUUGGUGCCUAUAACGAAAUGUACACCCACAAGGAAUUGAAAGAGAUGUCAGCGGAUCGUUACAACCAAGUAUUGAGCGAUCUCCUCAAAGAGCAUUUUGAGAAGUUGGAAGAAGCAAGACAGCCUCGAAGUAAACGAUUCCGUCUUGUUAAAAACAUCAUAGUCUCAGAAACUGUCACCAAUGGUAAGAUCGGCGACCAAGCAUCAAUGACCAUCGACCCCAGCCCGAGCCCCGCGCGCCGUGGCGAUUUGGUACACCGUGUGGACUCUGCACAAUGUGUGGACUCUGCACAACGCGUGGACUCUGCACAACGCGUGGCUCCUGCACAACGUGUUCAUUUGGCACACCGUCGCGAUUCCGCACACCGGAGAUAUCAGGCGGAAUAUGACCAAAGCUACGGGCGAGAAUACGGCCGACGAGAGUACGGACAACAAGAGCAUAACAGGCAAAGACAAGAGCACCACUGGGACAGUCGUCGCGAGCAACGCCGCUAUCACCGCAACUACCAGCUCGAGCAAAAAGACCGCGAAGAGUUUGCGAAAAGUGCACGAGGCUGGAGCGAAGACCUGCAGUACACACUCCCACGUGAGCCACCCCGUGACUCUCUACGGGACUAUACAAGACGCCCCGUUGAACGCACCCCAAGAAGGUAA